AUGACGAGCAACGUCGGCCAGGCCUCGGCCGCCGAGGCAGCUGCACCCUCGCGCCACACCUGGACUCCCGCCAGCGGAGAAGACCUCGAAAAGUGGCUCAAGAAGCACAAGCCCACAAGGACGGCGAACGACGACGACGGCGGCAGGGUCACGGUCGAGUCGCCCAACCUCGGGCGCAGCUCUUUGGUCAAGCACAACGACCCCGCGGCACGACAGCGCGUCCUCGAGCAGGCCUGCGCGGCCGUCGACAAGGCUGUCAAGGAGCACGAGCGCAUCAAGACCGACGACAGCAUCCCCGUCCGCACCUCAAAGGCCAAGGGCCAGUCGAAAAAGGUCCACCGCGAACAGGUCGAGCGCGAGCUGAGCAACGCCCUCAUCGAGUUUGGCACCUCGUCGCCCCAAUGGCUCGGCGGCAAGUGGAUGAGCCACGACAGGGAGCGCUUCGUCGACAGCAUGUUUGCCAAGCUGGCCAGGAGCGUCGUCUCGGGCCCGCUAUCGCAGCUCAAGGGCGGCCCCAUCGUCACCAAGGUCACCGCCGAGCACGUGCGCCACCUCGAGACCACGCGACCCAGGUCCGGCAGCACGUCCAAGAAGGGCCAGCACUAUCACCACGACGAUGACGACGACAACCGCGAGUUUCUCCUGUGCAUCCACUUUGAGAGCACCUGGAACAGCAGCCACGCAAAGGCGGUGUUCGAGGCCCUCGCCCGCGAGCACGGCGUCCUCCCCACGAGCUGCAAGGCCGACCUCUAUACCGAGGUCGGCAUCUCGUCCAAGCACCCCUGCGGCAUCCGCUCCACGGUCUUCUCCAGCAACGACUUCUACUCUAAGGCCGAGCAGUACGCCAUGAGGAAGGAGUACCACACUCGCUCGCGCGGAGAAGAGCCCGAGGAGCACAUCAUCCAGAGCGUCGCCCAUGGCGACGACAGCGGCGAGGAGGGCUUUGUCGAGGUCGGCGCCCCGCCGGUCGCGCGCGAAGUGCAGCCCGCUCAGCCUGUCGAGGCCAGCGAGCCUUCCGUUGCCCUCGUCGAGGAGCCCGAGGUCGUCAAGGAGCCCGAGAUUGUCGAGCGCCCGGCAGAUGAGCUACCGCGCGUCGAGGACGUGUCGCAGGAGCAGCCGAUCGGCGGCCCCGGCCCCGGCUUGGUCGAGGAGGCGCCUGCCGCGCUUCCCCCGACCGAGGGCAAGGACGACACCGCGCUUGGCGAAGCAAGCUCCAUCGAGACGCGUGACAGGCCGCGCUCGGCAAGCCCGUCGCCAGAGACCAUGAGGCCAGACGAGGGCGAAGAAGAUGAAGCUUCUUCUGCAGCGAGCCGCGAGGCGUCGGUGGUCAUGGGCGGAGAAGAGGGAGCCAAGACGUCGCUCCAGCCUCAAAUCUCGGCGCCCGGCAUGCAAGCGUCGCAGCUCGAGACGCAGAGCAGCGAGGAAGAGAUGGUGCUCGACCUGAGGCCGCCCUCGGCUCGCGCCGCGGCCGAGGCUUCCAUUCCCAAGGACGGCGAGCGCCAAAGCGAGACGCCUGCCGGCCAAGUUGAAGCCGGUCCUGGACUGGAACAGAAGCCGGCGCCCGUGAUCGAGGCCGAGGCGGUGGCGGCUGAGCCGGUCCACGAGGAAGCACCGGUCGUCGUCAAGGAGCAGGCCGAGGACCAGGUCGAGAAGCAGGCCCACGAGCAAGCCGAGGAGCAGGCAAGGGAGCAGGCCGGGGAGCAGGCAAGGGAGCAGGCCGGGGAGCAGGUCAGGGAGCAGGCUCCGGGCGAGGUGCGAGCCGAGCCAACCACCAGCAAGGAGCCGGCCGAGGCCCGCGCAGAAGAAGCUGCACCGGAGCGCGAGGGCGUCGAAGCCAAGGCCGGCCAAGAGACUGCGCAGGGCCUUGCUGCCGAGCCUGAGCCCGCACAGAACAAGACGGCCGAGGGAGAGAGCAAGGAGCCGGAAGCGACGACGACGACGGUCCAGGGCAAGAGCGGCGGCCCGACGGUCGAGGGCAAGAGCGACGGCCCGACGGUCGAGGAGGUGGCAGAAGAGCGGCCGAGCGGCGAUGGCGAGGUGACGGACGAGGCCAUCGAAAAGGGCGGACCUUUUGUCCCGCUGCCGCUCGGCAUCGUCGAGGAAGUCGAGCCGCCGCGCCUGGACGAGAGCCAGGACAUCCGGGUACUGGCGGCCGAGCACGCCGAGCAGCUGGCCCUUGGCUCGGACGAGGCAGCGGGAGAGGCUCCGGGCGAAGGCAAAGAGGCCAUCGAGGUGCCGCACCUGGUGCCGGAGAAGAGGAGUGCGGACGAUGUUGGCAGCGAGCUGAGCGGAGAGACAGCCGCCGACACGGGCGGCGACAGCAAGAACGGCGGCCGAAGCAAGAAGGCUCGCUCAUCGGACGAUGUCGAGCCCGAGGUCCUGGCAGCCAGCAAGGACGACGAUGCGAGCAGCGUCACGGCCACCGAGGCCAGCUAG